AUGGGACUCAGCUGCUUCAAGUCCUGGAAACAUGACAGAACAGGACACAAAGGUAACAGAGACGUGUUGGCCAGCCCAGGCUCGUAUUUCUUCCUAUCUAACAGCGCCGGUCAGGGUGACGAGUGGCUGAAGAGCCUCAACAAGGGAGUCUGGAUCCCCUUCACAGGGGUCUUUGGUCAGCGUCUGGAGGAGACGGUGCUGUAUGAGCGGCGUUAUGGGGUGCGUUUGGUUCCUCUGGUGGUGGAGCAGUGUGUGACCUUCAUCCGGGAGCGAGGCCUGCAUGAAGUGGGUUUGUUUCGCCAGUCAGGACAGGCCAGUCUGGUCAAAGAACUGCAGGAGGCUUUUGAUGCCGGGGAGAGACCGUCCUUCGACAGCAGCACAGACGUCCACACGGUGGCGUCACUGCUGAAGCUCUACCUCAGACAGCUGCCGGAGCCUCUGGUUCCAUACAGUCGCUACCAGGAAUUCCUCUUCUGUGGUCAGAAGCUGUCAAGUGACCGCACACUGGGUUUGGGGGAGUUGAGAAAUCUUCUUCGUGAGUUGCCGGUUGCAAACUUCAACCUACUCAAGUUUAUCUGCCAGUUUCUAAAUGAGGUCCAGAGUUACUCCAGCAGUAACAAGAUGAGCAGCCAGAACCUGGCGACUGUGUUUGGGCCAAAUAUCCUCCGAGCCAAGGCUGAAGACCCACAAAGCAUCAUGGGAGGUGCAGCAUUGGUGCAGGUGCUCAUGUUGGAGCUGAUCAGAGAGCAUGAGUCUCUAUUCGCCAAAGUCCCUCCGUCCAUCUCCGCCCGUACACCAGGAGGCUCACGUGCAUCGCCAAGUGCUUUGAGGCAGCCUCACCUCCACCCGUCACCCUGCCUCCGCCAGCUGUCUCUGCCGCUCAUCACAGAGCGCUCCAGAGAGCCAGGCCAGCCUGCUGCAGAUGGACAGAAGACCAGCUGUAUCCACUCUUCUGCUGCCAAAUCAGACUUGUCCUCUGGCCAGAAGAGACUUCUCGGCCAUCGCUACACCUCCUCCCACCCAGAGAACUGCUUUUACCCCCUGCCUUCCACCAGUCAGCCUGUUCAGCACCACUCUGGCGAAGCCAACAUAAAUUACCACCAGAACCACGCUGGCCAAGGACCAUCUCCUGUUAGUAUUCAAGCCUCUACAACCAGCCUCCAGCUACAAGACCCACUGCCAGACAGCUCCAAACCCAGGCCGAGGCUCAUGGGCUGGGCAACGGCCUGGCCAGGCCCGGGAGCAGCAGGUGCUGAUUUCUGGACUUCUGGUGCCACACAAGGAGAGAGUGCAGUGCCAGAAAUAGCCAGUGGGGGCAGCAGUGAGGCUCAGGAGGACAGCACCCCUUCUGCCUAUGACAACCUGGACAGAGUGUCUCAACAGCAGAGGAUGGAGGAUGUGACUGGUGGACAUCUUGAAUCCAAUGAUCCAGUAGGCCAUAUUGGAGGUAAAGAGAUUGAAGAGGAGGCGGAGAUAGAGGAGGCGGUACAGACAAGGGACUCCUCCUCUUCAUGGUCUUCCUGUGAGGUUCUACCAUUGGAUGAGAGUGGUGAUGCUGUGGGUGCAGUUAGUCUUGACAUGUCACCAAAGAGAUCUAAAAGGUUACCUUCAAGUCAAGUAGCAAAAGAGGGAAACAGCGAAAAUGACGAACAUGAAGACAACAACAAUGACAACGAUGAUGAUGAUCAAGAUGAUGAUGAGGAUGAUAACUUCCACCACCCUAACUCCCCUGCCUCAGGAUCUGUACUCAGUGACAGCCCUCUGAGUACAGGCAGCUCUGAGGUGUUCCUCCCCUCUGGUCCUCCAGACCUCCAGGGGCCUGAGCCUCAGCCACAGCUCAGGGACGCUCACUCACUCCUGGCUGAGCUGCGGCAGCAGAUGGCCCAGCAGAGGGCUGAGUACCAGACCAGGAUACUGAGGUUGGAGCGCUGUAAUGACGUCCUCAGGCGUCAGGUUGCUGUACUUCGGGUCAGUCUGGAGCAGCAGAGGCGUAGCCAGAGUGUCGCCGAGGUCAAGAUCCGCAACAUGGAGCGAGCCAAAGCCGACGCCGACCUCCGAAACAGCACGCUGCAGAGAGAGAUGGAGCUGUUCUUCCAGAUGUAUGGAGAGUUCAGGAGAAGAGGAGGGGACGAAGGAGAAAGAGGAGGAGCGACUCUCUGA